AUGAUUCAUCCUGGUUAUGAUGAGAGUCAACCUCGAUCCACGUACACUGAUUCAAGAUCAGCCAGAACACCAACACAUGCUUCUGUGAACGUAACCCAGUAUGAAGAAGACCAGGCUGAAACUGUUAUAUCCGCUACGACCACUGUCAGUCAACCGGACGCGUUAUGCUGUGUGUCUUUAAGAGCGAGAGAGAAGAACGUAUGUAUGCCUACCGCAGUGGUAUCGGUGGUCGAUUGUUAUGGAAAGGAACACUUUGCACGCGCAAUUUUGGACAGCGCAUCACAGGCUAAUCUGAUGACGGAAAGAAUGGCUCAACUACUCAGGUUAAGACGGAGCAAAGUAAACCUGCUCGUGAAUGGAGUUGGGGGACAUCCAAAACUGGCAACAGAGUCUGUCACAACACAGAUCCGUUCCAGAAGGAAACAAUUCACAACUAACAUUGACUUUAUUAUUCUCGAGAAAAUUACCCCGAAACUGCCGGCGCAAACCUUUUCCAUUGAAAAUUGGAAGAUUCCCGACGACGUCCUUUUGGCUGACCCUGAAUUCAACCGUAGCAGUGAGGUUGAUUUGCUGAUCAGCAAUGAGCACUUCUUCACAUUUUUCACAUCCUCCGCCAGAAUUGAGUUGUCCAAAUCAUUACCAUUUCUUGUUGACAGUGUUUUUGGGUGGCUCGUGUCCGGUGCCCUAAACGUCGAGCCAGCAGUGAGCAAUGCCAUCUCUUGCAAUAUUACGACGGUCUCAUUGAAUUCGCUUCACGAAAACCUGGAAAAAUUCUGGAAAAUAGAAGAGUUACCUAUCAGAUCGGAUCGAUCGCCCCAUGAGAAAAAAUGUGAGGAGUUUUAUAUCAAAACUGUUUCGAGAAUGCCCGAUGGACGAUACAUAGUCCGCCUUCCACGUCACACAAACUUUGAGACUAUGAUAGGCGAGACAGAAGCGAUUGCUAGAAGACGAUUCGAACUGCUGGAAAGACGACUAGAAAAAUCUCCGGAGCUAAAGGGCGAAUACCAUCGUUUUAUGUCGGAAUAUCUUGCUUUGGGCCAUAUGCGACCUGUUCAAAACAAAGAUUCUGCUCCAAUAGCAUGUUACCUCCCACAUCACCCUGUCGUCAAGGACUCGAGUACAACCACCAAGGUCCGCGUUGUGUUUGAUGCAUCAGUGAAGACAAACUCGGGGUUUAGCUUAAAUGAUGCACUGCUUGUAGGCCCUGUCGUACAAGAUGACCUUCUCUCGAUUAUAUUGCGCUUUCGAACCUACCCUGUCGCCCUCGUCGCGGAUAUAGAGAAAAUGUACCGCCAGGUUAUGAUGCACCCCGAGGAUACCCCUACGCAACGAAUUCUUUGGCGUUUCAGUCCUGAUCAGCCUGUGCAGAUUUAUGAGCUAUUAACCGUUACGUACGGAAUGGCCCCCUCUUCAUUUUUAGCCACACGUACACUUCAACAGCUUUCCAGUGAUGAAGGUAACGCUUACCCCAGGGGCGGGCCGGCAUUGCGAAAAGGUUUUUAUGUUGAUGAUUUUAUUGGAGGCGCAUCAACCAUACAAGAAGCGAUACACAUGCGAGACGAGCUCAUUGAGUUACUGGCGAAAGGAGGAUUCCCCCUGCGAAAAUGGUCAUCAAAUAAGCUACAAGUACUAGAAGAUUUAGCCACCGAUCAGACUGCCGUGCGAGAUUCACAUCGUUUUGAUGCUGACGAAACAGUGAAAACUUUAGGAGUAUGUUGGGAACCAGAAAAGGAUACGCUGCGCUUUGAUACUGAAAUGCAAUUGGGAACUGGAAAGCCAACAAAACGGUCGAUACUUUCCACCAUUUCUCGAUUGUUUGAUCCACUCGGCUUAGUUUCACCUGUUGUUAUCCGUGGUAAAAUGAUUAUUCAACAAUUAUGGUCACUUCCUUGCGGAUGGGAUGAUAAAAUUCCUGAAACUGUAGAGAAAAAUUGGAUGAAAUAUGUUCAGCAGCUCCAAGAGUUGUUUCAGUUUCGCAUAGACCGCUAUGCCUUACUACCAGACGCAAGUAUACAGUUGCAUAUAUUUUCCGAUGCCUCAGAGAAGGCCUACGGUUGCUGCAUUUACGCACGGUCCAUCAAUGCAACUGGCAACAUUCGUGUGGAGCUACUCGCCUCAAAAUCCCGCGUUGCCCCUUUGAAAAGGGUGACGCUUCCUCGCCUUGAGUUAUGCGCAGCAGAUUUAGCUGCCAAGCUUUACAGUUGUGUACGUCAAGCCCUCAACAUCGAUGUGUUUGGAACAUACUUCUGGUCCGAUUCCAUGGUUACCCUUCAGUGGCUUAGAGCACCGCCAAACACAUGGAAAACUUUCGUCGCCAAUCGAGUUUCGGAAAUACAGACAACGACGCAGGGAGCACAAUGGAACCACGUAGCUGGCAAAGAAAAUCCUGCAGAUUUGAUUUCGAGGGGAAUGGAUGUGAGAGAGUUCAUAACCAGUAUACUGUGGAAACACGGAUCAGAUUGGCUAUCUGUACCAGAGGAUCGAUGGCCAAAGUCUCAAAUUCCAGAUUAUCCCGAACAUGGAUCCGAGCGCAGAAGGCAUCAUAUGGUAGCAGUUGUCAGGUCACACCCAGCACACCAUCCCUUUUUUGAACUGUGUUCCAGCUACAGUCGUUUGGUUCACAUUAUCGCAUAUUGCCUCAAGUUCGUGCACAAUGUCAGAUCUAAAGCACGCACACAACCAGGUCCCAUAGUUAGUCUCCCACCCAGCCACAUACUAACCGUAAAGCAAACAGCAGCCGCAAAUGCUCUCCUCGUACGACUGGCCCAGGCAGAUGCCUUUAAAGAAGAGAUUCGCGAUUUAAAAUCCGGCAAACCCCUUUCCAAACAUUCAAACAUACGCUCACUAUGCCCAUUCCUAGACUCAGAAGGUACCAUCCGAGUGGGAGGGAGGCUACGUUUAUCGGAACAGCCAUACAUUUCCAAGCAUCCAGCCCUCCUACCGAACUUCCAUCCCUAUGCUCUCAUGAUUGCCAAGGCCUAUCACCUAAUGUUAGUUCACGGUGGGGGUCGGGCCACGCUUGCUACGAUAAGGCAAACCUACUGGCCCGUCAACGGAAGGAGAUUAGUCCGGAGUGUGUUACGAAACUGCUUACGUUGUGUUCGAGCCAGUCCUGUUCCAGCAGCUCAACAGAUGGGGCAACUACCAGCUCAUCGUGUCACCGCUAGCAGACCAUUUACCAUUACCGGCGUCGACUUUGCGGGUCCAGUGUACCUGAAACCUCCAUACAAACGUGCAGCCGCGAUUAAGGCGUACAUCUGCAUAUUUAUUUGUUUUUGUACAAAGGCCGUCCAUAUCGAGCUGGUCGGCGAUCUAUCGACUCAAAUGUUUCUUUGUGCACUUCGUCGGUUCAUCGCCCGUCGCGGUCGGCCAAGUGACAUAUACUCCGACAACGGUAAAAACUUUGAAGGAGCAAAAAAUGAACUCGAUGAGAUACGACGAAUGCUUUGGGACAAGCGAAGUGUAAUCGAACAAACCUGUACGAGGGAAUCCAUUACCUGGCACAUGAAUCCACCAAAAGCUCCCCACUUCGGUGGUCUGUGGGAGGCGGCGGUAAAGGUGGCCAAGAAGCAGAUGUAUCGACAACUGGGAAAUACUCGACUCAAUUUCGAGGAUAUGACGACGCUACUUUCACAAAUUGAAGCCAGCAUGAAUUCACGUCCGCUGGUCCCUAUGACGGAAGAUCCAAGCGAUCUAUCAUGCUUAACGCCUGCGCAUUUCCUAAUAGGAGCAAGUCUUCAUGUUCUACCAGAGCCCGAUAUACGGCAUAUAGCUCUAAGGAGAUUAGAUCACUACCAGCACCUGCAACAAUUGAAUCAACAGUUUUGGCAUCAUUGGAGAACGGAAUACUUACAAGAACUACAGCGCACCACGAAAAUGUGUAACCCGAACACCGAUUUUCUACCCGGAAAGAUGGUUGUAAUUGUCGACGAACAUCAAAUUCCAGUUAAGUGGCCGCUUGCAAGAAUCGUCGCGUUGCAUCCAGGAGAAGAUUCCCUCAGCCGUGUUGUGUCGCUCAGAACCAGCAGAGGUAUCGUCAGGCGUCCAAUAACAAAAAUAUGCCUGCUUCCAGUCGAAAAUGCCGAGCAGUCGACGGAGGAAGGACAGUCAACCCACAACCAGUCCAUCGAAGAAGAAGAGACAGCAAGAACCAUGGAGGAACCAACCUCAGAAGAUAAUUUUAUUGUAGCACGUGGAAUGAUGUAA